AUGUCGCAUUUAAUGAACUUACCGAUAUUGAUUUUGAAGGAGGAUACUGACACUUCCCAAGGCAAAUCCCAAAUCAUUAGCAAUAUCAACGCUUGCCAAGCGGUGACAAAUUGCAUUAAAACAACAUUAGGCCCUAGGGGGAUGGACAAACUUAUCCAUACUGAAAACAAAGUAACAAUUACCAACGACGGUGCCACUGUGCUGUCUCUAUUAGAUAUUGUACAUCCGGCGGCUGCUGUACUGGUUGAUAUUGCAAAAAGCCAGGAUGAUGAGGUGGGAGAUGGUACUACUAGUGUCACUGUUUUGGCCGGGGAAUUUUUGUCCAAGGCCAAAGAUUUCAUAAUGGAAGGAAUGGCACCUCAGAUAAUAAUCAAAUACUAUAGGGAAGCUUGCAAACAAGCAUUAACUAUUAUAGAUAAAAUAGCAAUUAAUCUUCAUAAUAAGCCUUAUGAAGAGACUCAAAAAUUGCUGCUACGAUGCGCGGAAACAACACUAAACUCCAAGCUCGUUUCUACAUAUAAAACCUUUUUUGCAAAGAUGGUUGUGGAUGCUGUUAAUAUUUUGGAAGAUGAUAUGGACAAGGAUAUGAUAGGCAUCAAAAAAGUUCCAGGGGCCACUUGCCUGGAUUCAAUGCUUAUAAAGGGCGUGGCAUUUAAAAAGACAUUUUCUUAUGCGGGAUUUGAACAACAGCCUAAAAAAUUAAAAAAUCCAAAGAUACUACUUCUAAAUGUGGAGCUAGAGCUAAAGGCGGAGAAAGAUAAUGCAGAAAUUAGAAUCAACGAUCCGCUGGUUUAUCAAAGCAUCAUAGAUGCCGAAUGGAAAAUUAUAUACGACAAGUUGGAGGCAAUUCAUAGCAUUGGGGCGAAUGUUGUGUUGUCAAAACUUCCAAUUGGGGACAUUGCUACGCAAUUUUUUGCCGAAAAAAAAAUUUUUUGUGCCGGCCGCGUUGAUGAAAUUGAUAUUAAGCGAGUGGCCAAAGCAACAGGAGGACUCGUUCAAACGACAAUACAUGGAAUUACAGACUCUUGUUUGGGAAGCUGUGGGUUGUUUGAGGAAAUGCAACUUGGGGAUGAACGAUACAACAUAUUUACUGAAUGCCCUAAUACAAAGACCGCAACUAUUAUACUCAGGGGUGGGGCCCAGCAAUUUAUUGAUGAAGCUGAGAGAUCAAUCCACGACGCCAUUAUGAUUGUUAGGAGAUCAAUAAAGACCAAUUCUAUUGUUGUAGGAGGGGGAGCUAUUGAAAUGGAAAUAUCACGUAUACUGAGGGAAUACAGCUUGUCAAUCAUUGGCAAACAACAACUAAUAAUCCACUCAUAUGCCAAGGCCCUGGAGUGUAUCCCACUUACUCUAGCUCGCAACUCUGGUUUCGAUGCAACCGAUGUUCUAAACAAACUUAGAAAGGAAUAUGCAAUGAACAAGGGCCAGGGUAUGAAAUAUGGUGUGGAUUGUAUAAACGGUGGCAUUUGCGAUGCGUACGCCUCUUGUAUAUGGGAGCCAUCAUUGGUGAAAAGAAAUGCCAUAUACUCGGCUACAGAGGCCGCUUGCUUGGUACUGAGCAUUGACGAGACUAUAAAGCAGCAAAAUUCGCAGGAUAAGCGACUAAAGUCAGCUUUGCCUAACCAAUGA